CGGCUAAUUAUAUAUGGAAUGAAUAUUUAGAUCCUCAAACUUCUUCUAAACCUUUAAACGUUCCUCAAGAACUUUUAAAUCAAUGUAAACAAAAAAUUUCUCAAAAUUCAUUUACCAUCGAUUUAUUUGAUAAACUUCAACAACAUUGCUUUGAUUUAAUGUUACAAGAUUCUUUACCAAAAUUUACGCGUAAUUCGAUGGCAAUAUUAUCAUCACCUUCCUCAUCAGAAAAUUAUUUAAAUUCUUCAACCUCUUCUCUUUGUUAUCUUCGUCCCCCUGAUAAACAACCUUCUUUAAGAAAAUCACUUUCUUCUGGAUCACUUCGUGCUAAAAUGAAUUCUGCCAUUGCUUCAUUAAAAACAACUAGUGAAACUACAUCACAAACCACCUCACCUUAUAUUUCACCACCUCCAUCACCUAUUCCCCCACAAUUUUCAUCACAAUCAUCUGCAUCAUCUCCCACAUCCACUAGUACAUUCUCAAGCACAUCAUCUACAACAUCUACAUCAACUACGUUUUCAAUUCCAACAACCCCUACAUCAACGGUACCAGUGGUACCAAUUACAGUAAUAAAUAAUCAACAAAGAAUGUCAAUGGCAUCAGCUAUGUCCAUAUCACAUAUCACCAAAAGAAUGUUAUUAGGUCGUCGUAAUUCAACAAGUUCAAAUCAUUUUUCUGUAUCAGCACUUUCUUCUGUACUUUAUUUAAGUAGUCUAGAAAAAUUUCGAUGCAUGCCAAGUUCUUAUCCGUGUUCACCCGGGACAAAUAAUAAUGAUGAAAAUAAAAAAGAUGAUAGUGAUAAUUUUUCAUCUACUUGGCAAAAACUUCGAAGAAAUAUUUCUACACCUAAUUUUCAAUCUCGUCCAAGAUCACGUUCAAGUACACUGUUUAAUACCAAUAAUAAUAAUAAUAAUCAGGACAAUAGUAGUGAUAAAAAACUUCCACCACUCCCUAGUUAAAUUUAUUAUUAAAGACGAGAAUUAAAAAUAUGAUUUAGGUUUAGGAAUCCAUAAAAUUUACCUGUAAAACAUUAGUUAGGAUUCUUUAAAAUUUAAAAUAGAAAUUAUACAAUUAAACAUUUUUUAUUUAGAGGAAAAAAAAAAAAUAAUAA